CCUGGCUGGGCGUUGCAUCACUUGGGGACACGCGCCGGCCAGGCCACUGCGUGGACCCGUUGCCUCCCGCACGUUCCCGCAGGUCCUGUCCGCGGGGUGCCUCAGAACAAAAUGGUGCAACAAGUUCCUGAAAACAUCAAUUUCCCUGCUGAAGAAGAGAAAAUUUUGCAGUUCUGGUCUGAAUUUAACUGUUUCCAGGAAUGCUUGAAACAUUCAAAAAAUAAGCCAAAAUUUUCCUUCUAUGAUGGACCUCCUUUUGCAACAGGACUGCCUCAUUAUGGACAUAUACUUGCUGGGACAAUUAAAGACAUAGUUACAAGAUAUGCUCACCAAAGUGGCUUCCAUGUGGACAGAAGAUUUGGAUGGGAUUGUCAUGGUUUACCUGUGGAAUAUGAAAUUGAUAAGACACUGGGAAUAAAAGGACCAGAGGAUGUAGCCAAAAUGGGGAUUGCAGAAUACAACAAACAGUGCCGAGCAAUUGUGAUGAGAUAUUCUACUGAAUGGAAGUCUACCGUUACCAGACUUGGCCGUUGGAUUGACUUUGACAAUGACUACAAAACUCUCUAUCCUCAGUUCAUGGAAUCUGUCUGGUGGGUUUUUAGACAACUCUAUGAUAAAGGCCUUGUUUAUCGGGGUGUGAAAGUCAUGCCCUUCUCCACUGCAUGCAAUACUCCACUUUCAAACUUUGAGUCUCAUCAGAAUUACAAGGAUGUUCAAGAUCCAUCUGUGUUCGUGACAUUUCCGUUAGAGGAAGAUGAAAAUGUAUCUCUGGUUGCGUGGACAACAACUCCCUGGACUCUACCCAGUAAUCUCGCCGUCUGUGUGAAUCCGGAGAUGCAGUAUGUCAAGAUUAAAGAUGUUGUCAGAGGAAAAUUAUUAAUUCUAAUGGAAGCCAGAUUACCAGCUCUUUAUAAAGUGGAGAGUGAUUAUGAGAUUCUUGAAAGAUUUCCUGGUGCGUUUCUGAAAGGCAAGAAAUACAGACCUUUGUUUGACUAUUUUGUGAAGUGUAAAAAGAAUGGAGCUUUCACUGUGCUUGUUGACAACUAUGUAAAGGAGGAGGAAGGCACGGGUAUUGUCCACCAGGCGCCUUACUUUGGUGCUGAUGACUUUCGAGUCUGUAUGGAUUUCAACAUCAUUCAGAAAGAUUCUCCUCCUAUUUGCCCUGUGGAUGCUUCAGGCUGUUUCACUGCGGAAGUGACAGAUUUCACAGGACAAUAUGUGAAGGACGCUGACAAAAAUAUCAUAAGGACCUUGAAGGAACAAGGCCGCCUCCUGCUUGCCAGCACCUUCACGCACAGCUACCCUUUCUGCUGGCGGUCAGAUACACCCCUCAUUUACAAAGCAGUGCCCAGUUGGUUCGUACGGGUGGAGCACAUGGUGGACAAGCUGCUGAGCAACAAUGACAAAAGUUACUGGGUUCCAGAGUUUGUUCGAGAAAAGCGAUUUGGCAAUUGGCUGAAAGAUGCCCGUGACUGGGCCAUUUCCAGAAACAGAUACUGGGGCACUCCAAUCCCCCUGUGGGUCAGUGAUGACUUCGAAGAGGUAGUGUGUAUCGGGUCAGUGGCUGAGCUUGAAGAACUCUCAGGAGCAAAGGUCACCGAUCUCCACAGAGAAAGCAUUGACCAUCUCACCAUACCUUCCCGCUGUGGAAAAGGAUCUUUACAUCGCAUCUCUGAAGUGUUUGACUGCUGGUUUGAGAGUGGCAGCAUGCCCUAUGCUCAAGUUCACUAUCCCUUUGAAAAUAGGAAGGAAUUUGAAGACUCAUUUCCUGCACACUUUAUUGCUGAAGGCAUUGACCAAACCAGAGGAUGGUUUUACACCCUGCUGGUGUUGGCUACAGCUCUUUUUGGACAACCCGCAUUCAAGAACGUGAUUGUGAAUGGGUUGGUGCUUGCCAGUGAUGGCCAGAAAAUGAGCAAACGAAAAAAGAAUUAUCCAGAUCCACUUUCAAUCAUCCAUAAAUAUGGUGCUGAUGCCCUCAGGUUGUAUCUGAUCAACUCCCCAGUGGUACGAGCAGAGAAUCUCCGUUUCAAGGAGGAAGGCGUGCGUGAUGUCCUGAAGGAAGUACUACUGCCCUGGUACAACGCCUAUCGCUUCUUCAUCCAGAAUGUCGUGAGGCUGCAGAAGGAGGAAGGGUUGGAAUUUCUCUACAAUGAGAACCUGGUGCGAGAAAGUGUCAACAUCACGGACCGCUGGAUCUUGUCCUUCAUGCAGUCACUCCUUGGCUUUUUUGAGAGAGAAAUGACAGCUUACAGGCUUUAUACUGUGGUGCCUCGCCUGGUGAAAUUUGUGGAUGUUCUGACCAAUUGGUAUGUCAGGAUGAAUCGCAGAAGAUUAAAAGGUGAAAAUGGAGUGGAAGAUUGUCUGAUGGCCCUAGAAACCCUGUUUAGUGUUCUGCUGUCUCUGUGCAGACUCAUGGCCCCCUAUACGCCUUUCCUGACUGAACUGAUGUACCAGAAUCUAAAGAUGCUGAUUGACCCACUUUCCGUCCAGGACAAGGACACACUCAGCAUCCACUACUUGAUGCUGCCCCAUGUGCGAAAAGAGUUGAUUGACAAGAAAAUUGAGAGUGCCGUGUCCAGAAUGCAGUCUGUAAUUGAGCUUGGGCGAGUGAUUCGAGACCGGAAAACUAUUCCAAUAAAGUAUCCCUUGAAAGAAAUUGUGGUUAUCCAUCAAGACCCAGAAGCUCUUAAUGACAUCAAGUCUUUGGAGAAGUAUAUCAUUGAGGAGUUGAAUGUUAGAAAAGUGACCCUGUCUACAGAUAAGAACAAAUAUGGCAUUCGCCUGAGGGCAGAGCCAGAUCACAUGGUUCUGGGCAAAAGGCUGAAAGGCGCCUUCAAGGCAGUGAUGACGUCCAUCAAGCAGCUUAGCAGUGAAGCACUGGAGCGCUUCCAGGAAACGGGGCGCAUCAUUGUGGAAGGCCAUGAGUUGCAUGACGAGGACAUUCGUCUCAUGUACACCUUUGACCAGGCAGCAGGGCAAACCACGCAGUUUGAAACACAUUCGGAUGCUCAGGCUCUGGUUCUCUUAGAUGUCACUCCUGACCAGUCAAUGGUUGACGAAGGAGUGGCUCGGGAAGUCAUCAAUCGGAUCCAGAAACUUCGUAAAAAGUGCAAUCUGGUUCCAACUGAUGAAGUUACAGUUUAUUAUAAAGCUGUGUCUGAAGGAAACUAUCUGAAUAAUGUUAUUGAAAGCCACACAGAGUUCAUAUUUGCUACCAUAAAGGCUCCCUUGAAACCAUAUCCAGUGCCUACAUCAGAUAAAAUCCUUAUUCAAGAAAAAAUGCAGCUAAAGGGAUCUGACCUGGAAAUUACGCUCAGCCAAGGAUCAGCAGCACCUGGCCCUGCUUGUGCCUAUGUCAAUCUGAACAUCUGUACAAAUGGUAGUGAACAAGGUGGAGUAUUGCUUCUGGAAAACCCAAAAGGUGAUAAUAGGUUAGACCUGUUAAAGCUGAAGAAUGCCAUUACUAGCAUUUUUGGCAUAAAAAAUACAGAGCUUACCAUCUUCCAUGGCAAAACAGAACUACAAAACCAAACCAAUUUACUCAGUCUGAGUGGGAAAACCCUUAGCGUGACAGCUGGAGCAGCUCCCUCUGUGGCUAAGAGCCCCAGCACUCUUCUCUGUCAGUACAUCAACCUGCAGCUCCUGAACACAGACCCGCAAGAGUGCUUAAUGGGGACAGUGGGUACACUUCUGUUGGAAAACCCACUUGGACAGAAUGGACUCACGUAUCAAGGUCUCCUAUAUGAAGUGGCCAAGGUGUUCGGCCUUCGGAACAGGAAGCUGAAGCUGUUUCUGAGUGAAACUCAAACUGAUGAAAUUACAGAAGAAAUUCCUAUGAAGACUUUGAACACGAAGACAGUAUAUGUUUCUGUAUUACCAACGACAGCAGAAUCAUAACAUCAUUGAUGUGGUUGUUAACUUUCCCCUUAUUCAUAUUCCUCCCCAACUCACACAAACACACACAAAAGAUAUUUCCUUCAGGCACAUGUAUACUAUGCUGCUUAGGGUAUAAAAUUGCAAUCAGAUCUAUUCGUCAAAUGACCUGA